UCUUCUCCGCAUUGGAAGCGGAAUCACCAUUCUGACCUCCUUACUCGUUACACUACUUUCCCCCCUUUUCGCCUUGCAGCAGUGAUCGAGAUGCUGGGAAAGACGAGGAAGGUUUCGGCGCGUGGCGAAUCCGUGGCGGCGAACUACGCCUUCGGUCCCUCCGAAGAUGACGUAAUCAUCAAGCACAGGCUUCUCACGCGCACCACCACCACCAGGGGCGACCCUCCCUUGAAGAAGCUUCAGAAGAAGUUCACCUCGUUCGUCUCCGAAGUGGACAAGGACGAAGACAACAACUACAACGAAUGCGACAAGCUCGCCAGAGCCUUUCUGCAGGAGCUGACGACAUUCGAGAUUCCUCUUCUGAAGAGCAAGGCGAUUGUGGAGGCCAACAUUAGGGAGAAGGAGAAUUUCAACGAGUUGAAGGAGGAAAUGAAUCGCCAGAUCCUGCAGGCGCAGGAUGACAUUGAGGAUCUCAAGAAGCAGCUUGAGGAGAGCAAGGUUGAGAGAAGGCACAAGGAGGAGUGCGAGGCUAUUAGGAAGUUGAUUGCCAUGCAGCCCCCGAGGUCCGAGACUAUGAAGGUUAUUUCAGAGUUGGAGAACGAAAUUGCCGCUUUGGACGCCGAGAACACGGCUGGUUCGAGGUUGUUGGAGCUCAGGAAGAAGCAAUUUGCGCUGUUGUUACAUGUGGUGGAUGAGUUGCAGAACACAAUAGAGGAAGAGCAGAAGAGCCUAGUCGAGGAGAUGAGAAUGGCAACCGAGGAGCUUAAGAAUGGGAUGGAGGACACAAAUGGGGGGGCGGAAGCAAUGGCAAUUGACUAGUAACUAGAUUGAAUAUCAGUCUUCCUGUUGUAACAUUUCUAUCGUGUUUUUUUUUUCCUACAGUGAUUAGGAACCAUAUGUAAAUGAAACAUCAGUAUUAUGCUAGUGCUUAGACCUUAGUAAAACUAAUGCUUUUUUCCUAUAAAAAAAAAAGGGAACUACUAAAUGCACUUCGAUUGGAUUUUUCUACCAAUUUUGUCUAGCCAAUCCUUCAAUAUAGUUGUGUUUUGUCCA